AUGUUUGGUCCUACUGCCGCCGCCGCCGAUGAUGAUGAUGAUGAUGGUGGUGGUGAUGAUGAUGAUGAUGAUGAUGAUGAUGAUGAUGAUGAUGAUGAUGAUGAUGAUGAUGAUGAUGAUGAUGAUGAUGAUGAUGAUGAUGAUGAUGAUGAUGAUGAUGAUGAUGAUGAUGAGGCGGAGGUGAGGGAUGAGAACAAGGUGAAUAGUUACUCGUUGGUUACCGUUUUCUUCCCAUUCCGUUUUAGCCCGAAGUCAAAGCCACUCACUUGUCAACAUGCUUAAGCUAUUGGUAUGUUUCGCUGCUUUCCCUAAGUAACCUCCUCACAGGUGAGCUUUGCUGCUGGAUUCUACUGCGGUGCCUAUUUCCAAGACAAAUACAAGGUAUCCUCCUAAAGUACGGCUGUCUACUUGUUUGUUAUUAGAUAUCUCCCGUAUCGGAACCCAGGCAAAUCCUAGACAAGGCAACAAAGGUGUUGCAGGAUCUGUUGGAUGGCAAAAAGAAGUAG